AUGGCAUGGUGGCUCCUGGGGAUGUCUCUUCUCUUCUCGGUGCGGCAAGCCGCACCGCUGGCACCCGACAAGCUCAUCGUUACCUUGGAGGAGUCCAUAGACCCCUUUGAGGCCGACGAGUUGCACUGCUUAUCCCGUACCACCUCACUGCAGCUUACCGCUCAGGAUCUCUACAUCGCACCGCCACUGUUUGGCGAGUUCACGUCGCUCAAGAGUCUCUUCCUACACUCAUGCCGCAUUGACCUUGGUGCCCUGCUCCCCGUCUGCCCAUGCCUAAGCAUUCUCAAGAUCAGCGACUACUGGGGGAGCGACGCCAUCACCAUUCACUCUUCUUCGCUUGAGGAGCUCAGCAUGGACAUCACUAGUUGUGACGCCUAUGAUGAUGGUUGUAUCGACAUUGUGUGCCCAGUGCUUAAGAAGGUCGAAGUGGAGGCUGGCCGUGCCAACAUGCUCAGAGUGUCGUUCUUGGCACCAGUAGUGGAGGAACUUUGCUGGUUGCUCAAGUACGAUUCCCUCCACCCCUACUCUGAUUUUCUCAUGGUUACUGGUGAAUGGUGCCUUGGUGGCAUUGGAGUGCGGUUUGGAGGGAAGCAGCUACCUCACAUCAACAUCCUACGCCUUGAUAUCCAUUGCACCUGUAUUUUACCAGCUAUACAAAAGCUUAAGCUGGUCAUGGUUUGUCAAAGUGAGGAAGCUUCUUGCCCGUAUGAACAAUCUGAGAGUUGGAGAAGUGACAACAUCUUGCUGACAGAUCUGGAGGUGGUGGAGAUUAUAGGCUUUUGCUGGAGAAGACCAUGA